AUGGCCGCCUCAAUGCUGGACCAGACCGGCGACGGCCAACACGCGGCUAAUCAGUGCGAAAAUGACGGCAACUUUGCUGUCAUCUGUUCCUUCUUCUAUAAGUUCAGUGAAUCCCUUGGAAUCACUUAUAAUAUCCAACACUUAAAGGAAAUGAUUGAAGACAGUAACCAUUUGAGCGAAGAAUUGGUUGAAUUGCACAUAAAGUUGUUGCGGAAGCGCCGGAAGUACAUCAACAAAGACAAGUGGGAACGGGCUUUAGUCAAGUUCUGCGCCGAAUACUCAAACGUGGACUCCUGGGAACUCGAGAGAUACGGCUAUAAGAAUAGCAAACUGUCCAUCAAAUUGGAGUUAUUGAAGCGCUUAUUAGAGGCACAGUUUGACUACAACUCGAAAUUCAAACUCGAAGUGAAUGCGAUCGACGCCCAGACCCUACGGAUACUGCCGAUGGGUCGCGACGUUAACGGACACAUGUAUUGGUAUCAAUUGGAUCCCGAAUACAAUUUUCGCAUAUAUCGCGAAGAGGUCGAAGACGAACAGUCGUGGCUUCUUGUUUGCCAGAAUAAGACUCAAUUGGAAGCGUUGAUCACAAAUCUUCAGACAAACAACACGAUUGACGCGCUCAACAAAGAGGAGACAUCAUCUCUUAGUGAUACCAACGAUGACACCAAUAGUAAUCUCAACAUUAAAUUGUCACACAAUUUGAAACAGGAAUCCAAUUCUAAUUCGGUUGAUAUGGAGGUGAAGACACCGCCCGUUGAGCCGAAAGUGUCCGCCGAAACCAAAGUGUUAUCGACAAAAACGGUGGCCAACGAAGUGACCAAAGAAUGUGGUGACGAGAAAAUGAUGACCGAAGACGUGGUGACCUGUAUUCGGGAAGUGUGUGCCGAUAUGUGCACCAAAAUUGAGUCCAAUUCUGUGUCAAAGUGUGCGAUAAAAUGUGAACCAAAAACUGAACAACUGAUUCGUGAUCACCAAAAGAGCUUAACAUUAGAAAUAAAAGCCGAACCCAUGGAUGACACCAACGAAUCGGCCGUUAAAAGUGUUGCAAACGGUUUAAUUGGUUCUGAAAAGACAUCGAUUUUGUCACACAUUAAGUGCGAAACGACUGAAGAGUUAGAUUUGAAAGCAAAUUGUUUGAACACUUCUGCGAAAGUGAGUGAUUUUGUGGUGAAAACAGAUGAUAACAAACAGUUAUCCGAAGAAAAGACUAUUUUCGAUGAGAUUAAGAGUGAAGUGAAUGGUUUCGAGCAUAAGAUAUGUGUAAAUAAUAAUCAAAUUGAGAACAAUAUCGGCAGUGAUUUCUAUUUUAAUACGGAUUCAAGACAUUGUAAAACAAACAUUGAUUUAGACAUUGAAAUUGAUUCCCAAACAGUGUGUGAUGUGAAGGAUGUGAUGGAGGGUAUUGUCGGCCGCGUGUCCGACCAGUUAUGUCCACUUGUAGUGCAAUCGACGCGCAAAGAGGCAACUAAUAGGCAGCACAACAGCCACAGCGGUGGCCACUCGUCCGGUGCCGUCACAGACAUGACACUCCUGUCCAUUGAACAAACAGUUUCCGUUUUGUGCGACUCUUUAGUCGAUGACGUUUGCAAAGAGUCAGAACAGACGGACACAAGCACUGCCUCCGGAGGUCGUGGUCGCGGCCGAGGGAGAGGUCGCGGCAGCUCCAGAGGGCGCGGUCGAGGCCGGGGCAGAGCGUCGGCAUCGGUGGCUAAAGUCAAUAUUUAUAAUAAAAGCAAUCGAAGCAGAAGUAAAUCGAGUGAAAGUCGUGACGAGAGGGCUGAGGAAGAAGAAGCGGAAGAAGAAUCGUUUCCACAGAAGAGAACGAGUCGUCGAAUACAAGCCCUUCAGGAGCGGAAGGCGAUCGAGAUGUCGGAACAGCUCCGCAAAGAACAGCAACGCAUCGAACAGUUGGCAAAAAAGAGGAACGACUUGAUAGCGGCCAAAACCGACGACCAAUCGGUUGUGUCGAACGGCACCAAAAAGAAGGGACGAAAGCAAUUGAUUGAGAGCGAAGAAGAAGAGGGAGAGGAAGAAGAAGAAGAAGCGGAGGAGGAAGAGGUAGACUCAGACGCGUCCGAAGACAAGAAACAUAAGAAAAAGAGGGGUCGGAAGCGGAAGAACGGUCCCAACUCUAAGCCCUGGGAAGAGAGCGACUCAUCCAAGAGUUCGGCCGAAGAAGAGGAAGAAGAACACGAAGAUGAGGAGGAAGAAGAAGUACUUAAGUUUGAGGACAACGACGACGAGUUUGCGUGCGAAGAGUCCGAUUCGGACGCCGAACCGGUGGUCGUCCGACGCGCCCGAACUGUCCGAAAAGUCCGUUCCGACAGUUCGGACAGCAAUUCGUCGAGCAGUGAAUCUGAAGUGGAAAACGAUGACAAGCCGUGCGGUCGUUGCGGCAAAUAUGAUCACCCGGAAUGGAUACUGUUAUGUGAUAAAUGCGACGAUGGCUUUCAUACGGCGUGUCUUAGGCCACCAUUACUUAUAAUACCCGCCGGCGAGUGGUUUUGUCCGCCCUGUGAACACAAAAUGUUAUGCGAAAAACUGUGUGAAGAGUUGUCAACACUUGCCGUACAUUUGGCCAAAAAGGAAAGGGAAGAACUGCGGAAACAACGGCUCAAAUAUGUGGCCAUAAGUGUAGACAAUAUACUGAAAAAUCCUGUCGCGAGAAAUAAGUCAAAGAGUCAGGAGUUUGCGGACGACUUGUUGGCCGUCGAUGAGGACAACGACGGCGGCGGCGAUGAGAACGCGGCCGGCAAUGAGUUGGCCGACGGCCACAACGAGACCAAUAACGAGCCGAAAGCCAAGAGUAAACACCGGAAACGUGUGGUCCGUAGCGAUGACGACGACGACGAAGACAACAGUGACGAAGACGACGAUGAAAGCGAUAGAGAGGACGAUAUCGGAAGAGCUCUUUGGUCUGACGAGGAGGAGGAGGAAGAAGUGGACAAAUACGCGGCCAUUAAGUCGCGCCGCAAUAGGAGUCGUAAGAAUAUAAACUACAAGUUCUCAGAAUACGACCAAAUGAUCAAAUCGGCGAUUGAGAUGGAGAUUGAGUACGACUACGAUCCCGAAGAAGUGCCCGCUUCUGGUGUACAGAGCAAAGGCAAAGACAUGUCCAAUAUUAUCGCUUCCACAACAGAAGAGUUGGACUUUAGUAUAACUCCGAUUGGCGACAAAGUGGACGCACCUCUUGUCGACAAAUCACAAGAACUUCUCACCAAUGAAUCUGUUGAUAAGGCCAGCGAAGGCACGACUCCUAUGGUAAAGGCUGUGGUCUCUGAGGGCAAGAAAAUUGAUGGCAUGAGUGAUGAGGAAGAAGCGGAAGCGGAGGAAGAAGAAGAUGACGAUGAAUACGAUACGGACGAGAGUUUCUUGAAGUCUAAAUCCAAACAGAAUAAUAAGCGAACGAAAGGCUCGAAGGGUUCCCGAAAGCGUCAUCGAGGGCUCAAUGAUCUGUCGGACACCACCGAAGACGACGACUAUAAGGACGAAGACUUUAAAGGCGACGAUUCGGACGCCACGGAAGUGGGCGAGGGAUCCGAUGAGGACUUUGACGCCGACGACGGGUCCACACAAGAGGACGAGGAAGCGUCCGAUGAUUCGGACUUUAAGUACACGCGUCGGCGUUCGGGUCGUAACGCCCGGCAAUCGAGUAAGAAGUCGAGCAAAAGUCGGGGUAAAAGUGGUCGCAAUUCUGGCCGCAGAGGCUAUAGAAGGGAUGCGUUUGUUGUGGACAGCGAUGAGAGCGAAGGCGACUUUAGAGGCGGCCGAUCGAAGGCCAGAGGCGGUCGGGCGGCCGCCAGAAAGAAAGUGAGUUAUGCCGAGGAGACUGAGACCGAAACCGAUGAAGAAAAGUAUUACAAACCGGCGACCAAUAAGAAGAAGAAGUCGCGCAACGACUCGGAAAGCAGUGACGAAGAGUGGGGCCGACAGGGGGUGAAGGAGUCCAAGACAUCGAAAGCCGAGCGGAAGCUUAAGAAAUUGUGGGAAGAAAGCGACGACGAAGAAGAGGAUGAGGAGGAGGACAAUGACAAUGAAGAUGAAGACAAUGACAACGAGGGUGAGAGUGAAGAAGAGGGCAAAUCAGAGGCCAAACCCGGCCCCAAAUCGUCUAAACCCGCGGCUGACGCCCCACCGGCCGAACGUCUCUCAAUGAAAGGCAAACCGCGGCUCUCGAAGGCCAGGGGUUUGGCUAAUCUUAAAGAGGACUCGGAUGACGACGAAGACAGCGAUUCCAACGUAAAGAAGUCAACAAAAAGUAAUAAGAAAUCAAAACGCGUCGUCGAAUCGGACGAUGAAAUCAGUGAUAAAGUGAGUGAAAAGAAACCUAAGCCUAUGACCGGUGCGGACACUACUGUCCAGAAUAAGAGUGAAUUAAGUGAACGCUUGGGCACUGAACCCAUCAAAUCGGGUGUAGUUUGUGAUCCGACUCUAAUGAACCAGUCGUUGACCGACAAUCAGGUGGCCGUCGAAGCGAUUUCAGUGCCGCCGCCUCUCCUUCACAAUAAGGACCCGCAGUUGUCCUCAUCGAUGGUUCCCAUCACUGCUGUCCCGCACAUGACUGGUCCGCCGCUCAACAGUUAUCCGCCGCACCCGACGGACAAUCUCUCUAUGAAACCGACACCUGUGCCACAUAUGGACCCCAAUUAUCAUAAAACCAAUAAUAAUGUCGACGAAUACUAUUCGUUAACACCGAUGGACGGCUAUCCGGUGUCGCGACCGCCGCCACUCAAACCCACUUCGGUCGCCGACCCGUACCACCAAUCGUCGAGUCCGCCAAGAAUUAUGUCGUUAGACCCGAACCCGGGUUAUCCACGACAUCCACAAGAGUAUCCGAACGCACCGAUCGGUCAUCCAUUACAGGCCACUAAAGGACUAAUGGAUCCGCGAAUGGAGAAUCCAUACAUCGGUCACAGUAUGCCUCCCAAUGUGAGGCCAAUGCAUCAGUUUGCACACCAACCGCCGCCUCUGCGCAACGACUUGCGACCAAUGCACGGCCCGCCGCACAGCGGACACCCAUUUGGCGGACAUUACUAUCCGCCGGUUCCUCCCGAAGCCGCUCAUCCUUAUUAUGCGCGGCCGCCGGUCACCCGACACGACACACCUCCGUAUAGUCCGGCACACAUUAGGCCUCCAACUAAUAGCCCGAUGAAUGCUGUGCCGCCUCCAGGAGCGCCUCCGCGGACUACCGCUCCCCCAACGAGUUCUUCAAUGCCCGGUCAGCCGCCACCGAACUACAGACCGCCCUCUGGGCCCCAUUGGGGGCCACAAACGUCACCUAAUCGGUCGCCAAUGCCGGCCGGUUAUAGCUUUCCCGGUCACCCCCACCCGUCAGCGGCCGCUUAUUAUAGUAGACAACCGGGACCUCCGGGUCAGCCCAUACCAGGGCAUCAGUCGGCGCAUAUGAUGCCACUGCCGCCGUCGCCAUACCCUCACAGUCCAUACCAGAGCUACGGCUACUUCGGGCCGAACGCCGGACCGGGCGCUCCUAACGGCGCUUUCAUGAUGGCUAAUCUCUUGCAACACAGACCGCACGCGCCCGAAGAGGCCGGUCCUCCCGGCGCCGGUCACCCCGUCGUCCCGCCCGCACCGCCGGCAGCCUCUACGGCCUCCGUGACGACGCCCACCACGACGUGCGCGCCCACCACUGCAGCUAAACAUUAGCGCCGGUCACACACUCUCUCCUCUACUUAUUGAAUGCCACAAAACCAAUGAUGAAACGGAUCCACAAAUGCAAAGACAAUAAUCGUUUGCGAAUCAAAGAAAUUUCAUGAAUUGUUUUGAAACACACAAUGAAACCAAUGAAAGACAAAAACUAUAUUUUCACUAAAAUUAACUCAAAUUCAAGUCUUAAUUAGUUUUGUUUUGCAAUCGAGGCUUGAAUUUGAUUUGUUUUGUGUUUUUAUAAAUCAUAACUCAAUUCAGUUGUAAAUAGCGUUUUCUUUUUGCCCUCAAUUUUAUUGAACAUUUGAAUCGUUUUCAUUAAACACAUCAAUCGAUUUGAUUAUUAUUAUAAUUAAUACAUAAUUAUGACUACAAUUAGAGAUCUCACACAUGUUUGGCGAACAGA